GCUGUUGAGCAAGUGAUGCCUGUAGGGGAGGGGGGCCUUCCCUCAGCUAGCCAAUCGUGUCCCGCUCUUGUACUGUUUUCUGAACUGAGUUAUUUAAGACUGAUAGCUAGGGAAAGCCCUGUAGUAUCUGGCCAACAAUACUGUAAGGCAAACAAGAAGCACACUACAAAAAUGGACAACGUAUUCCACAUGCGGUCGGCAGGCGCCGCUGCCGAAGGGGUCCGGGACCAGUAUGCCGACGGCAGGGCAGCACGCGUCUGGGAGGCAUUCAUUGGAGACAAGAACUCCCGCACGCAGAAUUACCGCAACUUCCUGGUCGGGCUCUUGAGGAAGAAUGGCUGCCAAAGAAUUCUGGAUGUUGCCUGUGGCACCGGGAUUGAUUCAAUAAUGCUGCUAGAAGAAGGAUUUGAGGUCACUUCAGUAGACGCGUCGGACAAGAUGCUCAAGUAUGCACUUCGGGCUCGCUGGAAUCGCAGAAAGGAGCCAGCUUUCGACAAGUGGGUAAUCGAGGAAGCCAAUUGGCUGACCCUCGCCGAUGAUAUAGCUGACCUUAUCGGAGAUGGCUUCGAUGCAGUGAUCUGCCUCGGAAAUUCAUUUGCGCAUCUGCCUGAUGUCACAGGAGACCAGAGAGACCAAAAGAAGGCUCUGGAAAAUUUCAAGAAAUGUGUAAAACGUGGAGGAUUGCUUCUCAUUGAUCAUCGGAACUAUGACGACAUUCUGGAGACUGGGAAAACUCCGAAGCACUGUCUGUACUACAAUAGUAAGAGGACAACAGAAAUUGUAACUUCCGUGCUGUACGUGGAAGCGAAGCCAACUGUUGUUACUCUGGACUACCUGCUCGACAUGUCUGACGAAAAAGAGAAGAAUGUGCAAAACGGAGUAACUCCUGAUGACACAAUUGCUAGGUUCCGUCUCUCGUACUACCCGCACAGAUUGGAGGUAUUUAAGAGGAUGCUGCAAGAUGUCUUUGGCAUAAAGUCUGAACACACACUGUAUGGUGACUUCAAACAGCUUCACGAGAUUGACAACCCUGCGUUUUAUAUUCAUGUCAUACAGAAAGCCUUCAUCUGAGCUACUAACUGUGUUGUUAUAUUAUGUGAUACUUUCUAAAUGACUAGAAAUGAGUGGUACUGUGAAAUUUAUAAAAACAAAACAAAAAUAUGUGGGCAACAAAAAAAUCUAGACUGAAAUAGCAGCAGUAUGAAAAGGAUAGAUUGCUGCUCACCACAUAGAAGGGGCAUUGAAGCACAUUUAAAUGAAACAAAAGUAUGUGGGCAGCAAAAAACUUUGGAAUGAAAUAGCAGCAGUAUGAAAAGGAUAGAUUGCUGCUCACUCCAUAGAAGAGGCAUUGAAGCACAUUUAAAUGACACUACUAGGUAUUAUCUGCUAUCGGACUAAGGCCAUUGUCAGACUCGCACAAAAUGGAACACACGUGUGUGUGCGUGAAUGCGCACGCGUGCGCGCGCUCACCCACCCACCCACACACACACACACACACACACACACGCACACACACACAUGGCCACAUUCAUCUCCGCACACUAAGGCCAGACUGCAAUUCCAUCUGAGGUGAAUGGCAAUCUUUGCCAGAAUGGCUAGUGGAAAUUGGGGACUAGCAAGGGUUAAGGCCAGGGGGGUUCCAGGUAAUGAAGUAUACAUUAUAGGAAGGGUUCCUACCCAGGCACUUCCAAAAAGCUGUUGUCAGAGGGCAGAAUGAGUAUGGCUCAGGUAGUCAAAGUCUAGUGCACCGUGUCGGGCAGCACGCUCGACCACAGUUAGGUGAUGGCCAGACAGAUCAUCAAUUGUCGUGCUAGUGUAGCUUUCGCAAGUGGGGUAGGAGAUGUGUGUGAGACAACUGGACUUUGUGAUAGUGGGAGGUUGUAUGUAUAAACUGUUUGUGAUUUGUUUUGUCGGUAUCUGAUGAAGAGCUUAGUCCGAGAGCUGACAAUAUCUGGCAACCUUUUCUCAGUGUGUCUGUGUGCCACUCUGUGCAGUGCACAGCAAUCUCUCCUUUUCGUAUUAUUGAGCUGCAAAAAAUUGAGAUAAAGGAGGAAAAUAGGGAAACUAUGGACAACAGAAGAUGUAAGUUGGUGUCAAUAUUUAGCUGAUAGGAAGAGGCACAACGUGACCUGUGUGAAUGUGGUGAGAGAUAAAGCCAUUCAGGGAUAGUGUGGGGAACAAUUGUAAGAGAUCUAAAUGAAACAAGUGGAGUACAAGGAUUUAGAUGUGUAGUCAAUCAAAGAGGAGUGUAACUUCAGUAAAUAUGGACAGGUUAUAAUAGGUGACAGAAAGGAAGCUAAAGUGUGAGAAAUAAUGUAGUACAGAUAAAAUCUGGUCUAGAUUAUAAAAAUAGAGAUUGAAAGACAAUGAUGCAUUGAUAAAUGGACUGAUUAUGGCAGACACAGUAGUUGAGAUCUGGGAGCUGCGGAAGCACGUUGUGCUGAAAUUGUGGCAGUCUGUAGUAAGGGAAGUGAAAUUGGCAGCUGUAUCUCAUACGUUCUGUGACUGAUCACACGUUAAACGACUGCAAAGCAAUUGUUUUGCUGGCUCUCUUCUGUGUAUUUGCACAUUGUGUUCAGUUGAGGCUACAAAGACAUUAUUUUGUAACUUUUCUUCCCCAGAAAUGUAUGGGCAGUAGGAAUGUGUUGUGUUGUAAAGAAACUAUUUAACUUGCAAUGUUCCUGGGGUGGUGUCCAAUGGUUAUAAGAACUGUAACAUAACAUUAGAUAAAUUAUAAUAUUAGACUUCAGUGUGCCUCUAAUCAGAAAUGUGUUUUUUUUACUGUGUAAAGUUUUCCCCCGAUAUUAAGUAUUGUAAAGGUUCUCAAAUUUCUCCUUAAAGAGUUUGCGAUUAAAAAUGUUUUUCACUAUUUCACAUACCUAUCUGCUCAGCUAGGUUUCAUAAAGGAGAAAUUCGCCUGAGAUAGCGAGGUAGUUGAAACUACUUCCCUGAAACCUCCCACACUACUAAGGAUGUACACCCAAAGAUCAAUGUCGUAUGCAUUUCAGACAAUUGAGAAAAAUAUGCAGUUUCUGAGCAUUGUAUGUGGAAUGGGCUAAAACAAAACGAGGGUACUCAUUACACCAUCAAAGAAGCUAUCACCAUUCACAUAAUUGGUAAUAAAUAGGCACACGAAAUACCACCUCAGCAACACAGCACCUGUAGUUGCCAAAAUUAUGUCACCCACUGAGAAAACUGCAGUGAAGACUGACUACUUUGUAGUUUCUGACUGAAGAAUGUAACUGAAGGUCUGUUUUCACUAUGUUUCGACACAGCGCACCAUUACCUCACCUGGUUCUAGCAACCACUCAUUUUACAACAGUUCGUGUCAUUCUGAACUUACCCACAAAUAAAUACCACUUCCAUGUGAAGGUGACGAGUGAGUGAUGCUCAAGAGCUGCUAAUCUAAUGUGGUUCUUAUGUCUGUGAUCCAUAAUGAAAUCUGUUCCCAAAGAAAGCACUCUCCUGUAUUAUGUCCCGAGUCCAACGCUGUGUACAAAAAAAGAGGAAAUAAUUUUUGCAUGUGUACACUAUAUCGGACAGCAGUGACGAUGUUUAUGUGACAGCAUUCUGGUUUAAAAUCACUAUGAUCUCUACUCGUUUUUCCUCAGGAAGUGUGUUUACAGUAGUGUGCAUGGGGAAUUUAUACUUUUCAUAACUUUUUAAAACAGUUGUGUUGUGUAUUUCAGUAACCUCUUUCCCAGAUUCAAGAUCUGUCGUAGCUCACUAUCUUACAUAAUAUGCACUGUCAAUUAUCCUGUGAUAUUACGUAGCUUCACACAAAAUCACAUCUCACCAGUAAUUUCUUCCUUUUUUAAUACAAAGAAGAAAUUUUUAUUUCUUUAAGAUCAAAAACUAAUUUCUGUCUUAACUGGUAUAUGACGAUUCAACCGUAGUAUUGAUGUCUUGACAGAAAAGCCCGUAUGUAUUCUACUUAAUAAUAUAAAGCUUAUUGUAAGUAUGCACUAGCAGUGAAAUGUAUUCUACUUAAUAACAUAAAGCUUAUUGUAAGUAUGCAAGAGCAGUGUAUAUGUGUAUGAGAUAAAAUGUCCUAUAGAUUAACAUUUUGUAAAGUAGAUAUUGCUUGUUGUUCCUCAGUGAGGCUGCAGAGAGUAGUGUAACUGCGAUGUGUGCUAAAAAUGAAUAAUAAAGUGAUUAUUUUCUUAUAAAAUUUAACAUAA